CCGCGGCGUAUUGCCCCACCGUAGAUUUUAUCAUCGACAGUUUUACCCUCAAUGAAGCCGGUGCUAUAAAUAAAACGGCAAGAUAUAUUUAAUACCUAUUAACGGAUGACCUGUGCCUGUCUAUAAACUUUUUUUUUAUACGACGCUCGUUCUAUCUCAGUCGUUUUACAAGCGUCACGAAUCCGCAUCGGUGUAAAUAACACACGACGUAAUCUUUUUCUCUCCUCCCCCGUGUAGACGUACGACAGCCGGCAGGUCAUGGUGACCGUGUUCGUGUGCCUGUGGGGCGUGCGGCUCUCCGGAUACCUCCUGUACCGAAUCAUCAAGAUCGGCCGCGACAAGAGAUUCGACGACCGACGCAGCAACGUGAUCCGCUUCGCCGUGUUCUGGACAUUCCAGGCCGUGUGGGUGUACGUCGUCAGCCUGCCUGUGAUAAUAAUCAAUUCUCCGCGCCACAAAAUACCGCCCGCACCGAAGACGAUGACGACACUUGACAGCGCCGGCACGGGCCUCUUCCUCAUCGGCCUGCUGGCCGAGACCUACGCCGAUCUGCAAAAGUUCGCUUUCAAGCAGGACCCGGUGAACAAUGGAAAGUGGUGUAACGACGGACUUUGGAGGCUCUCCCGGCAUCCAAAUUAUUUCGGCGAGAUCGUCGUCUGGUGGGGGAUAUUUUUAAUAUCCUUAAACGUCAUCGAAGGAGCAGAAUGGGUCGCUAUUGCAUCUCCGAUCUUCACGACGUUUAUUAUUCUAUUUCUGUCAGGGAUGCCGUUGUUGGAACAGGCAUCGGACGAGAGAUACCGGGAUAACGCGGAGUAUCGCUACUACAAGCAAUCCACGUCGCCGUUGAUACCGAUACCGCCGGCUAUCUACGUCGAGGUGCCGCGUUUCCUCAAGUUCAUCCUGUGCUGCGAAUUCCCGUUGUACGACUCCCUGGACGUGAAGCCGAGGUCGGCCGUCACCGAGUCAACGUCCAUCAGCCUCGCCGCGUCCACGUAGCUGUAGCCACACGCCGGACGACCGAAUUCAGAGUCCGGCGUGCAGUCGACGGCAACAGCUACAACCAGUACAGCCCUCUGAGUGUUACCUUAUCUCUCUCUGCGGCAUCGAGCAUCCCGUCUAUCCGCUGACAAAAAUAUAAACUCCCGACGGCCGAAUCGCAAUUUUCCCAAUCCGAUGUUCUAUCAAAGGCACGAUAUCGGCAUUUCGAGGAAUCAUACGAAACUGUACUUGGGUCGAGCGUACAAAGUUCGGUGUAUGGAAAACCGAGAAGAUCCCUCUCCAAGGUGGAAAGGCUUAUAAGACAAAGUGUUAUUAUUUUUGUAACUAAAAGCCCUUUCCGGCGUUAGGCGUAAACGGUACCGGCGACUUUUCGUACAGAAUCGAAUGAUGAGAUGAACAAAGAAAAUUAUUUUUGUAGCGACGUUAUAUGGGUACCAAAAGUAGUUUUACCGACCAAUUCGAGCAUCGUUUCUGUACGGCAAGUCGACGGUAAUGAUUUGAUUAGCGGCUUUAUUUAUCUACGUAUUUAAACUCUUAUUUUAGAUACAAGAAGAAAGAUUGAAAAUGAUAUAUAAUUUGUAUGUCCUAAAUAAUAUUCAGGCUUAAGAAGAACUCUUAAAAAGCGUCACUAUAUUCAAAUUAGUCAACCGCUACCUGCACUUUAAAUUGCAUAAAUAAAUAAUAUUAUAUAUUGUCCCAAGAGAGUAGUUCUUGCGGAAAUAAAUUAGGCAGCCGUUUACCGCGCUCGCUGUCAACUAACAAAAAAAAGUAUGUGUCUUAAAUAGCAGAAACGAAAUUUAAAGCGAGAUUUUAAUGUAAUACGAAUAAGUAGAUCAUUUAUGAAACUAACGGUAAUUUAUAAAAUUGAUGAUCUGUAGUGGUUGGCGGUUGAUACUGUUGGUUCGUUAAAGGUGAAAUAAUUGGCAGAAACGCGCACAGAGAUCGAAAGAGAAACGUAAGUGUGUGUACAGUAUCUCAAGUCUCAAGUAACUCGGCAGCGAAUAAGCAAUAUUUAUCGCCAGAGACGUCAGGCGAACGUAAUAAAACAGUCACGUUUACACUUCACCACGCUAUCACGAUCGCUAUCCAUUCCGUUAGUACGUCAUAUAGGGUGCUUAUGAAGAAAUUUUAGAUGCAAUACGAACGUGUCCCGAUUUCUUCUGUCCCGAGACUUUCGAUCGAGUUAUUGAGUCAUAGCAAUAUCAAACAUAUCUCCGUGCCGAAUAGAACGUUCCCAGAAUACGAAAUAAAAGUGAAUUUCGAACGGAAGUCUAUAAAGCAUCUAACGUAGUAAUAAUGGUGGAAUUUACGACGCGCAUGAAACGAAUUUCUUCGUGGAUAAACGAUCCAAAUGUUACUUCUCGAUACUUCACUGUUACGUAUGUCUUCAAAGUUCAGGUAAUAAAUAAUUAGUGAUCCUAAA